AAGAAGAAGACACAAUCUCUCGCGAUAUCUCAGCUGUGUCCUUGAUGCUGCAUCAAAAAUGGGCUACUGGGACCUAGAAGAGGGCAAGGACUGCAUCGCCAAAACAUGGAUCACCACGAAAAUAGCCACCGCCAUCGGGUUGGUCGGUUCUGCCUACCACAUUGUGGCAUAUCAACCCGAGACAGCUGUUGAGGCUAUGACCAGGGCAACAUCAGGCACUGCCACCAUGGCUGCAAUGGGUGCCAUCUUUGGAAUGACCACCUGUUUAACCGCACAGGCCAGAGAUGCACCUGACGACCCAAUUAACUAUUUCAUUGGUGGAUGUGCUUCGGGUGUUUUCCUCGGGGCACGGACACACAGUGCUAUCACAGGUACAACAGCGUGCCUUGGUCUGGGAACUGUGGCUAUGCUCACCAAGGUUGGAAAAAUGGAGGGCUGGAGAGUAACAGGACCCCCAAAGCUGUGAUCUCUGAUGUGUCCCUGAGUAUUUGAUGUGUUUAUAUUGUAUAUUGCUCUAAUAAAUGUAUUAAGAGUAAAAAUAAAA